UGAGGUUGUUAAAAGGCUUUAUUUAUUAAUCUGUUGUUGUUUGUAUGUUCUUAAUAACUUGACAUUUAACAUGACAAUUACAGCAUACAGCUGGGCUACAAUGUGAUAUUGAAACAGGACGUAAUUGAAUUAACAACAAAUGCUUAUGGGGUUCUUUAAAUGAAAAUUCUUCACCAUGAUAGGAAUAAUGCUGGUGAGUAUCUGAACAGGUAAACAGUAAUUAGGGAGAAAAAACAUUAGAGGCAAAAGAAUUUAAAAGAUAAAAGAAGUUGGAGUGGGUGUGAGUUUUUCCAUGUGGCCCUGUGGUAGUGGUAAGCAAAAAAGAAACAAUUGUAAAAAUUAAAAAGGCUUUGUUUUAUGCUACAGACUUCAAUUACGGCAAUCUCUUAUAAUCCUUUUCAGAAGUUCUCCUAUCCACCUGGCUGGGAGUUAGUUUUAUAGCAUUUCACAAGCCUUCUGUUUCCAAAAGUUCAAAGUCUACGGAUCACAAACCCUUCAGAAAGCAGAGUGGCUCAUAAAAACUGUGUAUUUUAUGUUUAAUGAUGAUUACUGAUAACUUGAGCAGAGUUCCAGUUGUAAAAAUACCAACGUUUUUUUGUUUGUAAUACAAAUUUUUUACACUUUUCCUUAAACGAGAAAAAAGCUUCCUUCAGGAAACUGUUGCGUUUCAAUUAUGAGUUGCUGGGCAAAGCUGAAGUCCUCUGGAUGGGUUUAUCCUACCACAAUCCUGUCUCUGUAUGGCUUUUUUGCUAACUGCCGGGUCGCGGAGCCCUUCCUGACACCAUACCUGAUUGGACCACACAAGAACAUUUCUGAAAAUGUGGUUACAAACUACCUGUUUCCUAUCUGGACGUAUUCCUAUUUGGUCUUCCUUUUACCUGUUUUCCUCUUGACUGACUUCCUGAGAUAUAAGCCUCUCAUUGUGGUUCAAGGACUCUUCCUUGUCACCAACUAUGUUUUGCUUUGCUUUGGUCCAGGUCUCCCUGCAAUGAUCUUUCUUCAGGUCAACUAUGCAGUGGUAACUUCUACAGAAGUGGCCUAUUUCUCCUACAUUUACAGUGUUAUUCCAGCUGAGAAUUAUCAAAAAGCUACUGGUUAUCUACGCAGUGCCAUGCUGGUUGGAUAUACGUUUGGUGCCAGCCUUGGCCAAAUGCUUGUUUCCCUCGCAGGAUUGGACUACUUCUACAUUAAUGCCAUAACUUUGGGGAUUGUGAGCGUGGCUUUUCUUACCUCAUUUUUGCUGCCUAUGCCCAAAAGAAGUAUGUUUUUCAAAGUGGAAAAGGCAGUGAGAUCACAGCCCAAGAGGGAAGGAAAGCCUGGAGAUUACACUCUUGACCAGCAAGUGAUGGAUAAGGAUGGCACAAGCUCGGAGGCAGAAAAGAUUGAGCAUGAUGACAGCGAUUGGUGCUGCAGCAGAGUGAAUGUGGUCACUGCAAGUCAUCUACUUUGGAAGAGCUUCAGGGAGUCCUACUCCUCCAAGAGUUUAAUCUACUGGUCUUUGUGGUGGGCUUUGGCCACAGCUGGCUACGUGCAGAUCUUCAACUAUAUCCAGCUAAUGUGGGACCAUAUAGAACCAUCUGCCACAGCAUCCAUCUACAAUGGAGGAGUGGAGGCCGCAUGUUCUGUUGUUGGAGCCGCCGCGGCCUUCGCUGUAGGCUUCAUCAAGGUGACCUGGGCUGUGUGGGGGGAGCUGGCGUUGGGGGUGUUCUCAGGUGUCGGGGCCGGAGCCGUAUUUCUGAUGGCGUUCACCAACACCAUCUGGGUGUGCUAUGCUGCAUACGUGGUAUUCAAGUCCUGUUACAUGUUCCUCAUCACCAUCACAACAUUUCAGAUAGCCUCUAACCUUUCCAUGGAGUGCUACGCUUUGACAUUUGGGAUCAACAGUUUCGUGGCGCUCUCACUGCAAACCAUCAUCACAGCUAUUGUUGUGGAUGAAGCUGUGUUGGGGCUGGACAUCGUAACACAGUUUACCAUAUAUGGCAGCUACUAUGCUGCCAUCUCACUGCUGUUUCUGCUUCGAGGAGCGUACACCGCCUGUGUGAGUCGACACUCUGCUGAGCACAUGGAGCCCAACGUGGUGGUGAUCUCCUCUGCACGUUUGUAAAGACUGCAAAUAAAAUCAUUUGGAGAAAAAAAAAAGUUUUAUUCUGAAGUUUUAACGGAGGCUGCUGUUAUUUUGUCAGUAAUUAUUUUUAUGACAUAAAAUAAGCAAAUUGGGCCAAAAAAAGUCAUUUAUAUCUAUCUUAAAGAUAAAGGCUAUACUUUUGUGCUAAUCCACAAUCAGCAGGGCCGUGCUGCUCUUUGGCCCGGUUACUCAUUUACAAACACAACACUUAGAGCACAUCGGACAGGUUUAAAUGGGAGGCAGCAGAGCACGAGCACAAGUGUCCGCUCCGGACAGGUGGACAAACAUGGAGGCAGUGAAGAGGUGGAGGUCAAGCUGGGGGUUUGCCACCACCCUGCUUUGCAUGUAUGGAUUCUUCAGCACUGUUAAACCGCUGGAGCCGUUCCUGAUCCCCUUCCUGACUGGACCAGACAAGAACCUGACAACUGAACAGGUACAACAGCAAAAACUGAACUCUUAACGGCAACUCUUAAACCAAAACAAGCAAAGCGAGCAAAGCCGUCAAGCAGGGAAACUGAGAUGUUGGCUUGCGGCAGAAUGUUCAGUAUUUGUAUUUUUAAACCCAUCCUGAAGCUAGAAAGUCAUGCUGUCAUGACAAGACAUGAAAAGAUAAAGGCUGGACCGUAAAUGUUUAGGGUUUAUUUGUCUGGGUAAUCACUUUGCUAUUAUAAACCUAAAUGUAAUCAAACUAGUGGUAAUUAAAGUAGAAAUGAAAUUCACAGAUGAAUGGCAGAAGACCAAAGACUUGACAUUAAUCAUUAAAAAACUAGGAAAUUAAUAAUUAUAUGUGACAUGCUUUGAAAUGACUAACUUGAUGCCUUUGCUGUUUUUUUGGACAGGAUUUUGGGGGAAAAAAUGUUUACAUUUCAGAAUAAAUUACCAUAUUAUGGUGCAGUUCUCUGUCUCCAUUUCUUUAUAUACUGUGGCA